UGAAUCGAGAUAGAGAGGCAGCUGAGCCGCCCCAAAGUAUUAAAGACGAGCAGACUGGACAGGAGAGGGAAUCGAAUUGUCCCUAGGCUCCUCAGCGAUUCCUUCCCGCCUUUACCAGCCCUCCCCUUGAUUCUUCUUUACUCUAUACAACUAUUACUUCUUUCUAUCCGACACAACAACUCACAAGUUUGUGACAAUUUGGUUGGUUUAGCCACCUCGUCCCUCGACAUCAGCAAUGGCUUGCCCUCUUGGUGCAACUCCGGCUCGUGAGCAGUCAAUGACGGCAACUGAAACCCAGCAGACAAUUGUGCGGCCUGACAUCGAGUGGAUCCCGUCCUACAAGGUUUACAAGGAACGGGUUGAGAGACUCGCUGCCCUUAACCUAGACCGGCCCACCACACUCCCGCCAGGAUGGCCGUCUCAGGUCGACACCGAGCGGGCCUGGUCCAGAUCUGACUUCAAGUCCGAGGACGAGUAUAUCCUCAAAUUCAGCGAGGAAGACAUUGCCGAGAUUGAAGCUGGCUUGGCCUACUUCAAAUCUCUCCCUGGCGACCUUGGCCCUGACGACGUCAACCGCGAUACCUUCCCCUUGCCAUCUCUGGGCAGCCGACUUGGCGAUGUUUCUAAGACCAUCCACGACGGCCGAGGCUUCACCAUCCUCCGUGGCCUCGAGCCGGACAAGUACUCGAGCUUCGACAACAUCCUCCUCUACCUUGGCGUUACAAGCUACAUUGCCGAGACGCGGGGCAUGCAAGACUUUGAUGGACGGAUGAUACUCCACAUCCAAGCUAUUGUCGAGGACGUCAAGAAGCACGGCAGCAUGCCCAACUCGCCCUAUGUCGCUCGCGCCCAGCCCUUUCACACUGACCUGUGCGACGUGCUGGCACUCUACGCGCUGGACGUGGCGGCUUACGGCGGCGAGAGCUUCCUGGCGUCAUCGGCCAAGAUCUACAACGAGAUUGCAAAGACGCGGCCCGACAUUAUCCACGUGCUGGCGCGCGACGACUGGCCAUUUGACGAAUUCUGGCAAGGCGAAUACCACACGCGCCCACUGCUCUACAACUUCGGCGAGCACGGUCCGGGCUUCCAGUUCUCGCGGCGGCCACUGACCGGCGCGCACUUCUCGCCGCACCACCCGGCCGUGCCCGCAAUGACCGAGGUGCAGGCCGAGGCGCUGGACACGGUGUACUUUUUGGCAAAGCAGCACGCGGUCGAGCUGGCGCUGCGACGCGGCGACAUCGAGCUAUUCAACAACUUCGCCAUGCUGCACGCGCGCAGCGGCUUCGCCGACGCCCCCGGCCCGGCCGGCUCCCCCGGCAAGCGCCACAUGCUCCGCCUGUGGCUGCGCAACGAGCAGCGCAUGUGGCCUGUCCCGCGCGCCCUCGCCCGCGUCAGCGACGAGUGCUACGGCGACAACGAGUACCGCCGCAACGCCAUCUGGGACAUUGAGAAGUCGCCCCCUGAGCUGCGCAUUAAGCACCGUCGCGCAAGCUGCGCUUGAGCUGGGGCGUGAGAGAUGGGUUAUGGAUAUGA